AUGGAUUUCUGUGGACGGACAAAAAUCCCAUCUUUUCGAAAAAUCCUUCUUUUAGUUGUCUCCCAGGUCAUAAUCAGCACAGCAUUCUUUGCCUACAUCCAAAACUUCUGGAGUGAAGACCCUACACUCCUACACUCCUACAAGUUGUUCCCUGCAAAUUACUCUGUCAUUGAGAAGAACACUUCAAAUCUCAUCAUCCUGCUGUGGACAUGGCCGUUUUGGGUAUGUUUUACUAUUGAAAAGUGUUCCAAGCUCAUGGGCAUCCCUGAUUGCCACAUCACAGCCAACCGCAGCUGGUACCACAAAGCUGAUGCGGUCAUCAUUCACCACCGAGAUGUGUGCUAUAGUCCAAGGCAGCUGCCACAAGGGCCAAGGCCACCUUUUCAACGCUGGAUCUGGUUCAAUCUGGAACCUCCCAGCAAUUCCCCCAACCUGGGCUUCAUGGACAAUAAAUUCAACCUCACCAUGUCCUACCGGAGAGACUCAGAUAUCUUUACCCCCUAUGGAUGGCUGGAGGUCCUCACUGAGCCACAGAAUGUCACCAUUCCACCCAAGUCCAAGCUGGUGGCCUGGGUCAUCAGUAACUGGAACCCAGCCUCCCAGCGUGUGAAAUACUACAAGGAGUUGAAAAAGUACAUCCAAGUGGAUGUGUAUGGACAAGGCCACUUGCCUUUACCUCAAGACAAACAGCUGUCCACUUUAUCCCAGUAUAAGUUCUACCUGGCCUUUGAGAACUCCAUCCAUGAGGACUACAUCACUGAGAAGCUUUGGAAGAACUCCUUGCUCUCAGGAGCUGUCCCUGUGGUGUGUGGACCACCACGGAAGAACUAUGAGCGCUUUUUGCCGCCAGAUGCCUUCAUUCAUAUUGAUGACUUGCCAACUGCAAAAGAGUUGGCCUUCUUCUUAAAAGAACUGGACAAGGAUGAAACACGGUACCAGAGUUACUUUCAGUGGAGGACGUGGCUAGAACCCAUUAGGGACACUCCCUGGAGCAGUCACUAUUGCAAAGCAUGCCGGGCUUUACAGACAGCCUCGAUCCAAUUCAAGACUGUCCCAGAGUUGAGCAAAUGGUUCAAGUGA